AUGGAAUACUUCUCCUCCCAUCACGUGUUCCCCUCACAAAACAAUUCCUUUUUCUUCAACUCACCUAACCCACCUACCUCACCUACCCACCUACCCCAUCACAUGUCUUCCAAUCCUAUUCACACUUCUACUCCUAAUUUAACACCAUCACGUGAAAUAUCUCACACUUCUCCUCCAUCUAGUCACCCAACUCAUCACAUGUCUUCUACUCCUAUUCACAUUCCUACUCUUACUCCAACACUGUCACGUGAAAUAUCUCAAAAUUCUUCUCUUUCUCAUCCAUAUCCUGACAGCCCUCAUAUAUCUGCUCCUUCUAAUAUGCAGGAAGCAAUGGUUCCCCCUCUUGAUAUCUCCUCCACAUCACCUUCUUUUCAAUGUGAGAACUCGCCACGGCCGGUCCAACAGUUGACAAAUAGAACACAUACUAUGCGCACCAGAUCCAUGAAUAACAUCUUUAAGCCAAAAUCAUUUACCAACUUCUUUGCUGCCACUGCUGGUGAUCAUGAAACAGAACCAUGA